AUGAGUGUCCCAAUGGUGCAAGUAAAGUUGGUAAUCUAAAAAACCAAACUUCUUUUGACUCCUUCAUCUUCUUCUUCUUCUUCUGACUUCAUCUCCCAAUUUUCAAUUUCCAAACCCAUUCAUCAAAUCAAAUUCAACCCACAAGAAAAAACCACAAUUUCCUCUUCCUCUACACCCCCUCUUCUCCAUGGCACCUCCAUUACAGAUCCUUUCAAGGAACAACAGCAACAACAACGUGGUUCACCCAAUUUCAAUACCAGUUCAAAACCAACACUACAAUGGUGUUAGGGAGGUUAAGCAUUAUAAGAAAUGGUUUCCUUGGUUGAUACCGUUCUUUGUGGUUGCUAACGUCGUCGUUUUUGUUGUCACUAUGUAUGUUAAUAAUUGUCCUAGUAAUUCGGUUUCUUGUAUUGCUCGGUUCCUCCGUCGGUUCUCGUUUCAGCCUCUUAAAGAAAAUCCCCUACUUGGUCCUUCUUCGUUGACGCUACAGAAGAUGGGGGCUCUUGAUGUGAACAAAGUGGUUCACAUGCACCAGGGUUGGCGUCUCAUCACUUGUAUGUGGCUACAUGGUGGAGUUUUCCAUCUAUUGGCAAAUAUGUUGGGUAUUCUAUUCAUUGGAAUUCGGCUUGAGCAAGAAUUUGGGUUUGUGCUUAUUGGACUGCUAUUUGUCAUAUCUGGAUUUGGAGGCAGUUUGCUUAGUGCUCUUUUCAUUCAGUUAAACAUUUCUGUCGGUGCUUCUGGUGCGCUCUUUGGGUUGCUAGGAGGAAUGCUAUCAGAGCUCAUCACUAAUUGGUCUAUGUAUGAUAAUAAGUUUGCAGCAUUUUUCACACUUGUGAUCAUCAUUGUUAUCAAUCUUGCAAUCGGAAUUCUCCCGCACGUGGACAACUUUGCUCAUAUUGGAGGCUUUCUUACAGGAUUUCUUCUCGGCUUUGUGUUUCUGAUACGUCCUCAGUUUGGAUGGGUUAACCAACGAUAUGCUCGUGUAGACUAUUCUCCAACACGUGCUAAGCCUAAAUUCAAGAAAUAUCAGUGCAUAUUAUGGGUCAUCUCCUUGAUCAUUUUAAUUGUUGGGCUUUCUGUUGGACUGGUUGCACUGCUCCGAGGCGUUGAUGCAAAUGAUCACUGCUCCUGGUGCCAUUAUUUGUCCUGUGUUCCAACUUCAAAAUGGAGCUGUCAUACAGAGGCAGCUUAUUGUUUGUCAAACCAGCUUGGCAACCAGCUGAAUGUAACAUGCUCGAGCAAUGGUAAAUCCAGUACGUACCUGAUACCAGAUCCAACCAGUUCGCAGAUCCAACAAUUGUGUACUCAAAUUUGUAAUUGAGUUUUGACCAAAAGGGAUUAUGACAAUUAUAAGGAGAUUAUCAGAUGUUGAUAUUAGGGUUUCUGGCUCACAUGAAGCACUAUAGUGCUAUGAUGUUGUUUAUACCUUUUGCUUUAUUCAUAAUGCUGGAUUAAAAAAAGAUUAAUUUUACCUUAGCAGAUUUGUUUAUUUUGUGUAAAUAAUACUUUGGCUGAUACCUAUUUUGUGACAGGAUCAGAACUACACUCACAGAUUGUUUGUAUCAUAAAAGAGAUUUUAAGAAACUGUGUUCUAAUUGUUUUGAUAUGAAUACAGAUGACUAGGUUUUGAUUCCAA